GAGCUACGCGGAGUUUGCUGAAGAAAGCAGCAGAGUGCAAGAGGCGAUGUGCCAGCAGAAAUUGAAGGCAGAGGCUCAGCGCCGCCAAGACACGGCUCAAAGCAACCUCAAGUUGGAUCCGUUUCUGGCGGAAGGCCGCCGAGACUUUGUUGAAGGAGACAGCUCCCUUAGCCCGUGGCUGCCUCGACUUCCUACGGGGAGCAUGGGACGCAACCGCGACGGAUUUAAAGGAUAUCCCUUGGAGGUAGGGCUGGGGCUGCCUUUGGGUUUUGAUAACCCGGGGGUUUUCGGAGUGGAUUCCAAAUCAGAGUAG